AUGGAGAUUGUUAUUGGCAUCCUUAGCUUUAUUGCCACAGCUGCAAAGUACACCAUCUCUCCCAUAAAAAACCGUAUCAAAUACCUUUCCAAUCAUGAGAACCAGGUUCAGACCCUCAAGAAUCAAUCUGAGAGCCUGAAGGAUGCAAGAGAAAGAGUGCAGCAUUCCGUUGAUGCUGCUAAACGAAACGGGGAAGAGAUCGAACAUGAUGUUGACAACUGGUUGACUAAAGUCGACAAGAAGCUCGCUGAAGAAGUAGAGAAAGUAAUGCAAGAUGAAGAAAAAGCAAAGAAAAAGUGUUUCAUUGGCUUGUGUCCUAAUCUCUGGACUCGUUACAAGCUUAACAUGAAAGCUGAAGAGGAGGCGAAGGCUGUUGCUGAGCUACUUGAGCAGGCCAAAUUUGACAGGGUUUCUUUUCGUGCAGCUCCACAAGGUAUCAUUCCCGCAUCAGUUAAAGGUUUCGAAGAAUUCGAGUCAAGGACGUUGGUUUUGAAUGGAAUCAUGGAGGCGCUGAAAGAUGCUAGUAUCAACGUUAUAGGGGUGCACGGGAUGGGUGGCGUAGGAAAGACUACGCUAGUCAAAGAAGUUGCUAGGCUGGUCAAGGAGGGCAAGUUAUUUGAUUCAGUGGUUAUAGCAACCGUAACUCAGACCCUUGAUGUUAAGGGAAUUCAAGAUCAAAUUGCAGAUUUAUUGGGUUUAAGAUUUGAGGAACAGAGUAUGGUAGGAAGGGCACUUAGACUGCAAGAAAGAUUGAAAAAAGAGAAGAAGAUUCUUGUUGUUUUGGAUGAUUUAUGGGCAAGAUUAGAUCUUGAGGAAGUUGGGAUUCCUUUUGGAAAUGAACAUGAGGGAUGCAAGAUUCUGCUGACUUCUAGAGAUCUCAAUGUCCUAUCAAGUGGGAUGGAUACUCAGAAUUUUGCAGUUGGCCUUUUAAAUGAAGACGAAGCCUGGGACCUGUUUAAGAAGAUGGCUGGUCACUGUGUUGAAAGUUGUGAUUUACAGGCUACAGCUAUUGAAGUAGCAAAGAAAUGUGCGGGACUGCCAAUCGCCAUUGCAACUGUUGCAAGGGCUUUGAGAAACAGAAGUUUGUUUGAAUGGAAGAGUGCUUUGUGUGAACUAAAGAGGCCUUCAUCAAGAGACUUUAAAGGGGUAACAGCCGGCGUAUAUUCAGCUAUAGAGUUGAGUUACAAUUAUUUAGAAAGCGAGGAAGUUAAGUUGACUUUCUUGCUUUGCAGUUUCUUAGGCCAUAAUGGGUUGAUUGAAGACUUAUUGAAAUAUAUAAUCGGUCUGGGUUUGUUUCAUGGCGUCCACACAAUAGAGGAAGCAAGAAACAGAGUAUUGACAGUUGUGAGUAACCUGAAAGCCUCUUGUCUGUUGCUUGAUAGUUACAACAGUGAACGGUUUGAUAUCCAUGACGUUGUUUGGUAUGUUGCUACAUCAAUUGCAAAUAGGGACCUCCGCAUGUUUGCGUUAAUAAAUGGUGAUGUGCUGAAACAGUGGCCUGAAAACGAGGCGAUGAGAAAUUGCAGUGCGAUUAAUUUACUUAAUCCUAAUAUUAGUGAGCUUCCGGAGGAGAUGGAGUGUUCACUUCUUUCCUUUUUCCAUAUGGCCCAUGAAGGUACAGUGAAAAUUCCAGUCAACUUCUUUAGACGAACAGAAAGACUCAAAGUCUUAGAUUUGACUGGAAUGCACUUUCCAUCCCUACCAGUGUCAAUUGAACUCCUCACAAACCUUCACACGUUGUGUCUAAACCAAUGUACACUAGAUGACAUAACCAUCGUUGGGAAGCUCAAGAAUUUAGAAAUCCUUAGCCUUGCUGGAUCAGACAUUAAAGCACUACCUCAGGAGAUAGCACAAUUGACUCAGUUAAGGAUGCUAGAUUUGAGUCAUUGUACUAGACUCAAAAUCAUCCCACCAAAUGUCUUGUCGAGUUUGACCAAAUUAGAAGAAUUAUAUAUGGACAAUAGCUUUGUUCAAUGGGAAGAUGAAGUAGUCGGCAAAGAAAGGAGAAAUGCUAGUCUUGAGGAGUUAAAGCAUUUGUCUCAUCUGACCACAUUUUAUGCUCAUAUUCCUAAUGCCCAAAUAAUUCCAAAACAUCUGUUCAUUGAGGCAUUGGACAGAUACAGGAUUCUCAUUGGAGAUGAGUGGGAGUGGUCCAGAAACUAUGAAUACUCAAGAACAUUGAAAUUCAAGUUGUAUUCAAGCAUUUACAUGGAUCAUGGGGUAAAAAUAUUGAUGAACAAGACUGAAGAUUUACAUCUGGAUCAACUUAAAGGCAUCAAGAAUGUACUUGCUGAGUUAAAUAAUGGGGAAGAUUUUACACAUUUAAAGAAACUUCACAUCCAAAAUGGUCGGGAGGUCCAAUAUAUUGCAACAGAGAAAAUUAAGCUUUCUCAAUUGCAGUCCAUGACACUUGAAGGUCUGCCACAGCUCAUUACCUUUUGCUCUCAAGACAAAAGGUGUUUCACAUCCCAGCAGCAGGGAAACGCGAGCUCUGAGCCCUUGCCACUUUUCAAUACACAGUUUAUGUUACCUCACUUGGAAAGCCUGCAAUUGUCCUCAAUUAACGCCAAAAGAAUAUGGCACAGCCAGCUUUCAGAGGCAUGUAAUGGCAUUUCGAAUUUAACGAGCUUGAUCAUUGAGGGCUGUGACAACUUGGAAUAUCUAUUAUCGCCAUCUAUUGCUAGAAGUCUGGUGCAGCUCAAACAGUUUAAGAUAGGGGAAUGCAUGUGCUUGAGAGAUAUAAUAUCUACAGAGGGAAUAGAAGAAGAAAAGGAAGCUGUGAUUUGUUUCCCUCGCUUAGACUCCCUGGAAAUAAAGUAUCUUCAUAAUUUCAUCAAAUUCUGCUCAGGAAAUUAUAAUAUUGAGUUCCCAGCCUUGAAAGUGCUGAAGAUCAAGCACUGCCCAAAAUUAAGAGAAUUUAUUAAUGAAAGUAAAAUGGAGGGGGACUAUCAAUCCAAUGUACAAGCUCUCUUCAAUGAGAAGGCUGCAGUUCCUAGCUUGGAAAGGAUGACAAUCUCCCACUUGAGAAAUGUGAAGAAGAUAUUUCAUAACGAACUUCUAGCUGGUUCCUUUUGUAAAUUAGAAGAAAUGACAGUUAAAAAUUGUGAGGAGUUAUUGACUGUUUUUUCAUCUACUAUAAUCGGAGUAUUCAGCUGUCUGAAAAAGCUCACAGUGAACGAUUGUGAUACACUACAACAGAUAUUUGAGGUUGGAGGGUUAAAUAUCAAAGAAAUACAUGCUGUAGAUUGCCAACUAAGAGAAUUGUACAUUUCUGAGGUACGAAAACUGAAGCAUGUUUGGAAUAACGAUCCCCAUGGAAUUCUCGCAUUUCAAAAUCUACGAAAAGUAGUUAUUAUACAAUGUCCGAGUCUGAAAAAUCUAUUUCCAGCGUCCAUAGCCAAAGAUCUUCCACAGCUUGAAUUUCUAGAAGUGAGUCAUUGUGGGAUGGAGGAGAUUGUGUCGGCAGGAGAAGGAUUGGAGAAGCCUAUUAGGUUUAAAUUUCCCCAAGUGUCUUCCCUGAGGCUUAGAUACCUGAAUGAGCUCAAAUGUUUCUAUCCAGGGCAACACAAAAUAGUUUGGCCGAUGUUGACAAAGUUGGAGACAGAUUAUUCAACUUUACUAAAGAUAGUAGCUUUCGAACGCCUUAGCAUCCAAGAAUUGAAUGGGAAUGACCAACGGCCACUUUUCUUGGUUGAAGAGGCCCUUCCCAAAUUAGAGGAACUGCGGUUAAGAAAAUUUGAUGAUAUUGCAAUGGUAUGUGAUGGCCAGUUUCCGGCAGACUUCUUUCACCAGAUAAAAGAUUUUGUGCUGUAUGACUCUCUUAGUGGAUCUGCUAGUUUUCCAAUUAAUUUCUUCCAAAUAUUCUACAAUCUGGAAAUUCUUGAAUUUUGGAACGGCGACUUCAAAAAUCUAGUCUCUUGUGAAGGAGAUGUUGUUGAGAAGCCAGAUGGAGGGACACUCCUCUCUCGAAUUAGAAAGUUAAAAUUGAAUCAUUCUAAAAAUCUUACACAUAUAUGGAAGAAAGAUUCAGUGCUAGCCCACAUUCUUCCUAAUCUUGAAACUCUUGAAGUCAAGGGAUGUGAUGAUUUGAUAAGUUUUGGAUCCUCACCCUCCUCAGCAUCUUUUCAAAAUCUCACAACUUUGGAAGUGAAUUGGUGCAACAUGAUGAUAAACUUGGUUACACCUUCAGUAGCCCUGAAUCUGGUACAAUUAACGACAAUGAGGAUAACGGAUUGCAUUACAAUGACAGAAGUUGUUGCAAACGAGGGAUCAGAUGGAACAACAUAUAAUAAGAUAAUAUUUUUCAGCAAAUUGAAAUAUUUGGAACUCAGCCGUUUACAGAGCCUCGCAAGCUUUUGUUCAGGGAAUUACGCCUUCAAGUUUCCUUGUUUGGAAGAAUUAAUUGUGGAUCGGUGUCCUAGCUUGAAGAUCUUUUCUCAGGGUGUUUUAAGCACCCCACGA